AUGGAGAUCUCCGUUUUUGUUGGAGAAGAUGAGAUCUAUUUUUGGAUCCGACAGCUGCAUUUCUCAUCAAUGGCAGUCGUUUCUUCAAUCAUGUCCACUUCAGUGGAUCCUUCUUCCUCAGGAGUCUGUGUUACUCACAAUACAUCGAAGAUCUUUGGUAACAAUGCAAAUCAGAAGCCGACCUAUCUUAGACUCUGUACCUCGUCAAGAAGAUAUGCCAAGUUGAGAGUAGCAGCUUCCAUUUCGAAGGUGCCACUUAAGCUUACGCGUGAAGAAAAACACCAGGAUCAUGUGACUUCGCCAGAUAGAGGAAAUGACGUGUUUGAAGAAAUGAAGCAACGGUUCCUGACCUUUAAGAAAGACAAAUACAUGGAUAACUUGGAGCGGUUUCAGAGUCUUGCCAAGAGCCAAUCCCCAAAGUUUAUGGUGAUAGCUUGUGCAGAUUCAAGGGUUUGUCCUUCUCAAAUUUUGGGUUUCCAACCAGGAGAAGCAUUUACCGUUCGUAACAUUGCAAAUAUUGUACCCACUUACGAGAGUGGUCCAUCUGAAACAAAGGCCGCACUGGAGUUUGCUGUAAAUUCUCUUCAAGUGGAGAACAUUCUUGUGGUUGGGCAUAGUCGAUGUGGAGGCAUCCGUGCAUUAAUGACCAUGGAUGAUGACGAAACAGAACAAGACAUAGACUCAAGGAGCUUCAUCAAGAACUGGGUCGUUAUUGGGAAAACCGCAAGAUCAAUCUCGAAGUCAGCUGCUUCAGAACUCAGCUUUGAUCAACAGUGUCAGCAUUGUGAAAAGGAAUCUGUGAACUGCUCGCUGAGGAAUCUAUUGUCGUAUCCGUGGAUAGAAGAGAGAGUGAAGAAGGGGACUUUAACAAUCCAUGGUGGUUACUACGACUUCACUGAGUGCACGUUCGAGAAAUGGACGGUGGAUUAUAAUAAGGAAAGAAGCUGUCUCGAGAGGAAACUCGCGGUUAAGGAUCGGUCCAUCUGGAGUUAA